AUGAGAACCUUUGUGUUGAUCGCCUGCGCCCUUUGGGGUGCGGCGGCCUUGGGCAAUUUGUACAAGCCCCAGCACACCUACCGCUACCGGUUCGACACCCAGAUCUCCAACGCGCUGCAAGGCGCCGAGCAUCAGCAAUCCGCCACCAGAAUCCGCGCCGAUGUCCGCUCCGUGGUGACCUCUGACCGUCACAUUCAAGUUCAGCUGGAGAAUGUCCGCUUCGGCGAACUUAACGGUAAAUAUUUUAACUUUUUUAUGCUUACUGUGAUUUCAAAUGAUUAUAUUUUGCUCUACUUUUCCAGGUGAACACAAACUCGACCGCCUCCAGCCCUUCGAACGUUUCCAGCGUCAGCAACUCCCCGAAGAAGUCCAAAAACAACUGGAACUUCCCUUCGAAUGCGACUUUGUUGAUGGUGUUUUCGAACGUCUGGUCUUCCACGAACAGGACUCGGUCUGGUCCAAGAACAUCAAGCGUGCCGCGAUGAACCUCUUCCAAGCCAACCUGAAGCGCACCAACGUUCAAGGCCUUCAGAUGGAGAAGGAAGAGCAAUCUUCCAACUUCUUCACUGUCCCUGAAAUCACUCUUGAGGGCGAAUGUGAUGUGACAUACACCAUCCAGAAGCCCCACCAAGAUAGCGGAGACAACUACAUCUUCAACGCCACCAAGUCCGUCAACUUUGACCGCUGCCAGCGCAACACCGAUGUCUUCUACGGAUAUUCGGCGUCCACUUCUCAGGAACAGGAGUGCCAUCAAUGCGUUGAGAGCCUCGAAUUGAACUCUCUUCAAGCCAUUGAAGCCGCCAAGACCUCGCAAUGCCAACGCGAAUGCCAAUCGGCCCGUGCCGAACAGGACAUCCACCGUUCCACUGUUCACAGAUUGGAGCUGCAAGGACACCCCGAGAAGACCUACACUCUCCGCCGUGCGCAGAUCGUCUCUCAGUACUUGAUCAAGGCCUUUAACCCAGCUCAAGAAAACUCGGUUGCUCAAGCCGUCGUCAUCUCUGAAUUGAGAUUCGUCAGCGAAGAGAAGGACUCCCAGAAGCUGAAGAUCAAGGCCUCCUCCCAAGAGGAAAAUCUUAUGGCCUCAAACGAAUGGGACCUUUUGGAGAAGAGAUUCUACAUGUACGGAGAUGAGGAGUUCCCGGAAAAGAAGCAACAGCCCUUCGCCAAGGUCACCAUGAAGACCCACACCGCCAUCAACGCCUUGAAACACUUGCAAAAGCAGUGGUCGGACAAGACUUUGGGCUAUGAACUCGACUCCACUCAGCAAUUCCAAGAACUCGUUGUGGCUCUGCGUCACUGCUCCAUGGAAGAGUUGAAGAAGAUCGAAGAAAAAGUUGAGCAAAUCAACGGCAAAGAUGAGUUGAUCAAGACCACCUUCAGCGAUGCCAUGGCUGUUGCCGGUACCCGCAACUCUCUGAAAUGGUUGGUUGAGAAGAUUGAGAAGAAACAGUUCAACGACGCCAAGUCGAUGCACCUCCUCCAGAACUUCGUUUUGAACCAACACUCCCCGUCCGACCGUCAGACCGACUUGCUCGAGAAGUUGGCCAAGAAAUUGCAGAAGGAAGAGCGCAGCAACGGCCUUAAACAAACCGCCUGGUUGCAGUUCGCCGCUUCUGUUGGCCACAUCUGCCAAGACAGACCAAGUCAGACCACCAAGACCCUGUUCCGCCAACAGGAUCUGUGCCCUCAAUCCAAGAAGGAGCAGUACAAGCAGACCUUGUACCAGCUCUUCGAGCAGGCCCAAACCAUGUACCAGAAGGUGUUGGCUAUCAAGUGCCUCGGAAACGCAGCCCUCCAGACCACCAUGCCCAAGCUGCAACAGCUCUUGAGCGACAAACAGCAGCCUACCUUGAUCCGCAUCGAAGCCAUCGACGCUCUUCGUCGUCUGAGAACCGUCAUGUCCCAAGAGAUCCAGAACACCCUUCUGCCCAUCUUCUUGAACCAACGCGAACAGCCCGAGAUCCGCAUGACCGCCUUCUCCAUGCUGAUGCACACCCGUCCCCAGAGAGCCCUCCUUGACCAGAUCACUUUGCCCAUGAUCAUGGAGCGAUCUCAACAAGUCAAGAGCUUCGUCAUCUCCACCAUGGAAGCCUUGGCCGCUUCUCCAGUUUCCCACGAACGUCAGCUGGCUGCUCAUCUUCAAUCCUCUUUGAAGAUGGUCAAGGCCGACAGCCAAUACUGGACUCGCCGUGCCUCUUCUGCCAUCAGAAUCCCCAUCUACGUCGCUCAGAGCCAACAGCCAGAGGAGCGCGACCUUCUGUUCCGCGUUGCCUCCAUUGUCUCCCCGACUAACAUCCUCCCCAUCCACCUUUGCGCUUCGUUGCGUGCUGCCUUCAACGGCCAUCCUAUGGAUGAGACCAUGAGCCUCCAAUUCAACCAGAAGAAUCUCGAACAAUGGUAUGAAAAGUUCAUUACCAUGAUCGACAACGAUGAUGAAUCUGAGGAGAGCUUCGGCCGCAAGUUAAGCUCUAGCCUGUACAAGGGACUCGGAAUCAAGAACCGCCACCAAGGAGCCUACUGGAUGUCCGAGAACGGCGAAGACGAAACUCAACGCGAUCAACCCUACGGAAUGAUCGUUCUUCGCUCCAACGAAAUCGACCAAUUCAUCCUGCCCAUCGAAGAGAGCUCUCUGCCCGAGAUGCUCCGCAAACUCAUCAAAGGUGAGAAGCCCAACAUGACUGAGCUGAUGGAGAUGCUCCGUUCUCUCCAAGCCGAACGAAAAUUCUCUGCUCAUCAUGCCGCCAACUACAACGAGAAGAAGGUCAAGUUCGCCACUUCUUCUGGCCUUCCAUUGGUCGUUAUGUGGGACAACUCGAUGGUGGGAUCCUUCGAAGGAAGCUUCCACUUGAAGACCCAGGAAAAGAGCCUCAGACUCCGCGCCCACUCCUCUGGAAUCUUCACCCACUCUCUGAAGACCGAAGUCUGGUCGCCAGUUGUUGUCUCCGGCGUCGAGUCUCACCGUACCCUUGAGCUGUCCAAGCCCUUCGACGUUGAAUUGAAGCAGGAGAAGAACGCCUACACUUUGACUUUCCGCAUGCCCGAAGACAAGGAAGGACUUAGAAUCAUUGGAAUCCACAUCUUGCCCGUCACUUACACUCGCCAAUUCAGCUGGACUGACAAAGCUUACAAAGCCAUGCGCCUUCAGGCCGUCCACAACUACGAAUACGCCCCAAUGCAGCGCGAGUUCAACGACGAAGAAGGCAGCCUUCAGUAUGAGGGACACGUUCAUGUCAUUAAGGAUGCUAAGCUGUUGUUGAACGCUUUGUAUUCCACUGAGAACAACAUGCACAUCUACUACAGACCAGGCCCCGAAGCCGUCAAGAAGAUCGUCCUCCGCGUCGAAGGAAAGAGCUUCGAAAAGGUUGAGAAGAUGGAGUCCAAGAUGGACUCUUUCUACACCGGAGAGUCCUUUGAUGAGUACGAAAGCAAGUCCGAGAAGUACUACGAAGACAUGGGAUUGGACAACGAUGAGAAGAGAGAGAAAACUUUGAAGAACUACCUCAAGAAGUACACUCCCCGUGAUGCUUUUGAGCACGAACUCAAGCUCUCCGUCAAGGUGUUCGCUGGCGAGAAGAGUCGCGAGUACACCAGCCGUAUCGGCGGACAAUGCGACUCCCGCAUGCGCCACUGCAACAUGGAACUGACCUCCGACAAAUCCCUCAACGGAAACACCGAGUGGUCGAUGCGCUCCACCGCUCAGCUGGUCCUCCCCGAAAUCGUCCGUGCCGAUGAGUCUGUUGAAGAGAAACAAACCCGCUUGUUGAUCAACUUCAACACUCAAUGGAACACCAAGUCCGAGGAGGAGCAGAACCUCCAAAUCCGCUUCCAGGCCGAGCCCACUCGUGUUGCCCGCUGGUUGAACGAGUACAGCACCAAGAACGCUCAACAGAUUGCUCGCUUCUUGAACAAAUUGGACAUGAUCUGCACCUACAAGAUGACUCAAGAGAACCAACACAGACUCCAAGGCUUCUACGAACUCCUCAAAGCCCAAUACUUCUGGACCCUGUCUUUGGAGCAGGCCAACAACCACAAGGCCCACCAAGUCCGCGCCACUUUGAUUGUUGACCCCAUCAACCGUCAAGUCGCCAACCUGACCAUUCGCACACCAACUGAGAUUGCUCGUGCCGACUCUUUGGUCCUGCCCUACAAGAUGAGCGGACUUCAACUGGAACGCCGCCCAUUGAACAUCAAGUCUGUCCAACAUGUCGCGCGCGCCCUUACCAACGCCGCCAACCUGGCUGAAUGCCGCGCCGACUCUCGUCGCAUCCGCACCUUCGACGGUGUCGACUACGAAGCCCCAUUCUCGUCAUGCUGGUCCGUUUUGGCCAAGGAUUGCUCUCGCGAACAGCCUCGUUUCGCCGUCUUGAUGAAGAAGACUGACGAGAAGAGAGCCGUCAAGGUUGUCACAGUCGACAAUGUAAUCGAAUUGAUUGGAGAAGAGUCCAAGAUUAUCGUCAAGGUCAACGACAAGGUCGUCAAGGACGAGGAUGAGCUCUACAACUUUGGAGUUGAAAUCAUCAGCCAGAAGAAGAUGGUGGUCUCCGUUCGCGGAAUCACCGUCACCUUCAACGGUCGUCAAGCCAAUGUCCAGAUCAGCGGAGCCUACAAGAACCUGCAAUGCGGUCUGUGCGGACACUACGAUAACGAGGAAGAAGAGGAGUUCAGAAUGAGCGACAACCGUGUUGCCGCCAACUUGAAACAGUUCCACCAAUCUUACACGUUGAAGAAUGAGGAAUGCAAGGAAUCUUUCGAGAAAACCUACCAGAAGGAGGAUGAAUACAGAGUGUCUAGAAAGCAAUCUAGAGAUGAAUUCAGCGAUGAGACCAGCGAGGAGAGCAGCGAGGAAAGCAACGAACAAGGUAAGAAAGGGACCUAAGGCUGGGCCAGGAAAUUUGACAGAAAAUUAGGGCUGAAAUUAUGAGCUACCUUUGUGAAAAUGGAUGGUAAAGCUUCUAAAAUCUCUGAAAUUCAAUAAAAUUUUGAUUUCAAAGGCAGAAUUUCAAUUUCCUUGCAACUUUUAAUAGUCAUCACUUCUCUUACCCAUAUCGUUUCAGCCGAGAAGCUGACCAAGCGCACCAUCACCCAGGAGAUGCAAGACCGCAUCUGUUUCUCCCUCCAGCCCGUCACUCAGUGCCCCCGCUCCCAAUACGUCGAUGAAGAUGCGGCCAAGAAGACCGAAUCCGUCGCCUUCGGCUGCAUUGACCGUUCCGACUCCCAAGCUCGUCGUUUCAUGAACGCGUUGAAGAGAAUGAACGUUCUGCCUCAGGCCAAGGACUUGAAGAAGACCAUGACCUUGGAGAUGGAACUCCCAACUCGCUGCAUUGAAGCCUAUUAA